CUGAGUGGGAGAGAGCGUCGUUGCUCCAGUCUACGUGAAGUGUGUGUCGAGAGGAAGACUCGGUACUGAGCAAGUUAGUGAGUGAGACACAAACUGAGUGUCUUUACAGGAUUCCUGUGUUGCACUAACUCAAGAACCAUCGUUGCUCCCCGCCACUGCCUCCCUCCGCCUCACCGCCGCCAUGGACAUGCUCCAGUCCGCAAACUCCGCCAUCCUCUACACCAAGUCUUCCAUCAAUAGCUUCUCCUCCGGGCUUGACGAUCUAGCCGACUCGGUGGGCGUGGGUCCCUUCCUGGCGCUGGUGGCGGGGGCGGUGGUGGUGGCGGCAGGACUUGGCAGCAUCUCCUUGUCAGGCAUCGCAAGAAUGGACCAGUACUUUGGGUGGCCUCUCUGGUCUUCCAUAUUUCCCACCUGGCGCGAAGAUCAAGACAAAGAGCGUCUCAAGAGGAGACGUGACGAGGUUGGGUCUGAGGUCAUGAGGCUCGUGGAGGUGGCAAUCAACAAGUACUUUGAGAGGGAGGAUCAGCAGCGCUUUCAUUAGUAAUAUACUCCCCAAUGCCUCUCAACAAGGAAGACUGUCUCCUUCUGAUUCUCUUCACAAUUUUCGUACUUAAUCUCUUCCUUCAUCUUCUUCUCAAUUAUCCCUUUCUCCACUUUUAUUCUUACUUUUCUCCCUUCACUCCUCCUCCUCCUCUGUCAGCAUCUCGAUCUUGUACCUCAUCACAUUAUUAUAUAUUUAUUUCCUUGUUUGUUCUCCGUUUCCUUCACUCUUUGUCAUGUAUUAAUACCUCGCCCUCAUCCUUCCAUUCCUUCAUUGUCUCUUUCUUCGCUUCCUGAUAUCUAAACCAGAUGUGAAAGAGUAAAAUGACUAAAAGAAGAGAUGCAGAGGAUAUUCAAGGAAGAGGAAGACAGACAGAUGAUGAUGGAGAGGAUGAACUGAAAGAGGGAAGAGAAGAAAAGGACAACGAAGGAAAGGAAAAAUGAGGACGAGACGAUAAUAUAUUUAGUGCCAUUCCGUCUUUUUUGUGUUUUCUUCGUUGCUAUAUUUUUCUCUCUCAAUUUAUUUUCAUCUUAAGGCAACUUUUUUUUUCGCUCUCCUCCUCCUCCUCCUCCUCUUAGUCCUCUUCCUCCCACUCUUCCU